CGGAGAGAUGCGUGGUUUGAUCACACACACAAACUGGCGUUGGAUUGUAAGAGAGCAGGGACACUUUAAAGAGCAGGAGCAGUCUGGUGGAUGAGGUGGAAACUGCGGGUGAAGCCGAGAAGUUACUUUGAAAGUCCGUCAGCGCUUGUGCGUAAAAUGAAAGCGCUGCGUAAAUGUCCGCGUGUCCACUUUUGGACGAGAUGGUAGAUGAAAUCCCAAUUAAAAACAAAAAAAAAAAAAGCUGGAAAGUUGACCGGAAAGUAUCUCUGAACUAGUGUCAGGGCAAAAUAAUUUAAAAUAAUUUUUUAAAAUCUGCGUUUGGUACGGAUGCUGCUGGAAGUCGCUCCACAUCUGCACUCCACUUAUUUCCUCUUUGGUCACAUUUGAACCAUGGCUUACUCUCAGCUGGGAUACUCCUACUCCACCACGCCACAGUUUCUGAUGACUUCAGGCUCCCUGGCCGGUUGCUUGGAGCCGGGAACCCCCCCGUCCCACCCGGUGCUGCGCUCACCGGGCCACCAGCUCACCCCAGGAGCAGGCAUCGGAGUCUACAGCGGCCCUUAUCCUAAGAGCCAGAGCUAUUACAACACCUGCGCUACGGACGCCGCUCUCUAUUCCAGAGGGCCACUAGAUCAUAAAGAAGGAGCUGCAUCUGUGCAUGUGGGGACAUCUCAGACUCCUGCCUAUUAUCCUUAUGAAUACACAUUUGGACAAUAUCCUUAUGACAGAUAUGGUUAUUCCUGCUCAGACGGCGCUUCGCGUCGUAAAAACGCCACCCGAGAGACCACCAGCACCCUGAAGGCUUGGCUGCAGGAGCACCAGAAGAACCCCUACCCCACUAAGGGGGAGAAAAUAAUGCUUGCCAUCAUCACCAGAAUGACGCUUACGCAAGUGUCUACGUGGUUUGCAAAUGCACGCAGGAGAUUGAAAAAGGAGAACAAGGUGACGUGGUCACCGCGGGCUUGUAAAAGCUCAGAUGACCGAGGCUGUGAAGAUGACAGUGAUGAAGCUGAGAAGCCACUUAAAAGUGACAAGGAGCUUCCUGAGCAACAGUGCGCAGACCUGCAGAGUGAUCUUGAGGACUUCGAUCUGCUGGAGUCUGAUGCUUCUGAUUGUGAUCCGAAGCCACAGUUUCUACCUGAGGACAAUGAAGUGAACCUAAACACAGAGCUACCCCACGUGCAUCUCGCACACAACCCAGAUACACUGCACAGAAAAGAGAGACUGUCCCCUGACUGCCCCAAACUCACACCGGUCCAGCACCAAAGCAGCUCCUUCUAUCUUAAUGCAGACCUUCGAAGCACAGAUGCCAAACCCAAAAUCUGGUCCAUCGCUCACACUGCUGUGUCUUUGGAUGCCAGCUUGCAGUCCGAGUACCCGCCGUGUAUGCUGUCAUCAACCGGUACUUCCUCGUCACCCGGGUAUCCGACCAACAUGGCACUCACCAAGACAGAAAGGCAACAGGAAUCUCCAGUCGCCACACUCAGAGAAUGGGUGGAUGGCGUUUUCCACGGCCCUCCUUUCCAACAGCCCAAACCGGCUGAGGUGUGGAAAGGCCUAAACGAAGCUACGAUAGAGAGCAGAACACCUGGACAGUCCUUUGAAAUUGGGCGGUCUGCUUCAGCUUUGUAGUCCAUCAACAAGCCAUCGUUGGGAGAGACUGACUUAAACUCGACUUAAAGUGAAAGUCGAUAUUUUGACUGUGUGACUUGAUCAGCUGACCGUUCACUAAGAGCCACUCCCUGUUUGCCUGUUGAAGUUUCCAUUUUGUUUUAAGGCAGGACCGCCAGUUCUAGUUCAACAACUGUUUUUGCGGGCUUGAAGACAGUGGGUAAAAAUGUCAUGCUUAGAGUAAAAUCUUAGUAUCUUUACCAGCUCACAAUCCAAACUGAGCCAUGCUAACAAGCUUAAGUGAAAGCAGUGUCAUCCCCCGUUGCACUGUUUUUCCUCGUUCAGAGAAUGGUUUAAAAAAGACAUUCCUUUUACUAAAGAUCCAUGCACACUGCUUCAGGAAAUCCAAAGCCCGGCAGACCCGCUCUGCAUAGUCACAGUUGCUAUGCAGAGCAACUGUGACUAUGCAGUCACAUUGGAAAAUAGUUUAUUUUAUUGAAGGAAUUUAGUGAACGGUCAGUUAUUGGUGUAUGAUCCUAAUGUGGCAAUUUGAUAUCUCCCAAUGCUCUCUUACAAGUUACAGACUGUUGCAAACUACAUCAACGAUCAACUGUCACUGCACACUUCUCUGCUCCAAGGCUGUAUGAUGCACACACAUGAAAAAAUACAGUGUUGUACACUUGCACUAUAGCCUGCACAUGCACUGAGUCACAGAAAUAAAAGGCGUGUUCCUUCGCAUGGCAAAGUUCUCCGACUGUGCCCUUACAUUAGCUGCCCGCUGUCUGGAACCAAUAGUAGAAUCACGUUAGCUGAUAUAAAUCCAGUUCAGGGGAAAGGGAAUAUACCUCGGCAGUUUUGGAUGCGUGUGUGUGAGUGUGCCACAGACAGGGUAUUUGUGUGUGUUUUGAAGGAAAGAAAGGGGGAAUGUGAGUGGUAUUCAGCCGUGACUAAUGGAAACACACAGAGGAGGGUGCUGCUAAAUUGUUAAAUCGAUGCCACUUCCACCUCGGCUCCAGAUAUAGCUGCAAUCAGCGAUGCGUCCCUUUUCAUUAGGCGGCUUUUGACUUUGUCAACCUGGGACUGCAAGAAAAUCCACCACAAGCAAAAUGCUUCAUAAAAGCUCUUAAGUAAUUUUAACUAAGUGUCACAUCUUUAUCCCCUCUGGUGAUUUCUUUUUCAUGCAGGCAAUAAAUAGAAAAGAUUGCUAUAAUAAACAGAAAUCAGGCAGUUAUCAUUAGCCUAAAUAACUUUUUUUUUUUUAAGAAAAAAUGCGUUUUCAUCAACUUUAAUUAUUAAAGGAACCUCCACAAGUUUCACAAAUAAAGCACAACAAGAAACAGUGAA